AUGGUAAAGUGUGGAGCAGACAGCAGCGGGGGGGCUCCAGGACUCCCGUCGGCUUGGGUUUCAGAAGGGGAGCAGCAGUAUGGGGUGCAGACAGUGAGAGCGGAGGAGGAUGGGGAGGGGGGGUCCAUCUGUCCACAGUCACUUGAUCCUGGGAGUGUGCGGGGCCUGGACUCCUCCCCGACCUUCUGUGCUCUAGAAAACCAUGAGAGCAGAAGAAAGCCACCACACACAACAGGCUCCAGACCAGGCUGCACUAUGGAGCUCCAUGCUUGUCUGGCCCUCACCCUCCUCCUCACCUUACCGUAUACCCAGGCCAUCCACGGCCUGUACAGCUUCGGACAGCAUGACCUCUUCUACAAGAAGAACCACUGCAAGCCCAUCCCGACCAACUUACUGCUCUGCCACGACAUCGAAUACACCGAAAUGCGCCUUCCCAAUCUGCUGGGGCACGAGACCAUGAAUGAGGUUCUUCAGCAGGCUUCCUCUUGGAUCCCGCUGGUGCAAAAGCAAUGCCACCCUGACACCAGAAAGUUCCUCUGCUCCCUGUUCGCGCCGGUGUGCCUGGACGACCUGGACGAGCCCAUCCAGCCGUGCAGGUCCCUGUGCGAGAGCGUGAGGAACGGCUGCGCACCCGUCAUGUCGGCCUUUGGGUUCCCAUGGCCCAAGAUGCUGGAGUGUGAACGCUUUCCCCUUGAUAAUGAUUUGUGCAUUCCACCUGCCAGCCCUGGGACAGUUGUGCCAGCGACCAAAGAAGUUCCAAGGGUGUGUGACGCUUGCAAGGAAACAGAUGAAAACGAUAAUGAGAUUGUAGACAACCUGUGUAAGAACGACUUUGCUCUUAAGAUCAAAGUGAAAGAAAUCUCCUACAUAAACGGCGACACCAAGAUCGUCCCCGAGACCAAGAGCCGAACCAUCUACAAAAUGAACGGCGUGACGGAGCGUGACCUACGUAAGACUGUGCUGUGGCUGCGCGACGGCCUUCAGUGCAUCUGUGAGGAAAUGAACGACAUCAACGCCGCCUACCUGGUCAUGGGCCAGAAGAUGGACGGACACCUGGUCAUCACCUCGCUCAAGCGCUGGCAGAAAGGGCAGCGCGAGUUCAAGAGGAUCUCCCGCAGCAUCCGUAAACUGCAGUGCUGA